AUGGGCGAUGAACCUUGGCUGGACAGUCUGUCGGACGACUGGCCUUCAGCGCCUGCAACACCCACUCCUGAAGGACCGGUUGUGAGCCUUCUCGCCUCCUCCCCGCGACGUCCACUAGAUUCUCCAAGUCGCAUUCCAGUGGCAGCCCGCCGAUCCGUCGCACAACAGCCAUCCCCGGUCGAUCACUCGAAAAAAGUCACCCGGCCAUGUCACUUCAUCCGCCGCGAGCCUCCCAAACCAAAGUUUCCUCGCACGCCGACAAUCAGGCCGCCGCCAAAACCGGUCUCAACGACGCCCACAAGGUCGCGGAUAGAUACCCCGAAGGCCUCGCCGAAACCAUCUCCGAGGCCCUCUCAGAAGAACUCGCCGAAAACCACGCCGAAAACCACGCCGAAAGGCAGCCCCCGGCCAAGCUUGGGCACAUUCGGCAGACAGCCGUCAAACAUGGACACGCGCUCUCCUCUCCGGUCUGUAUCCAAUGUCUCCAGUUACUCGGCCACACAAUCGAGCCAUCAUGGGACCGACACCGUACAAAUCAAGCCAACUAAGGGUCAAAAGGAUGGAGGUGACACGCCCGAAUGGCGGAAACGCCUGGUUCGUGGCGAACUUGCCGCGGCUGAUCAACGCGACUUGUUCGCGCCGAUGGGCCUCGAGAGUGUCUUCAAGCCUCCGUCACCCGGCUCCGGAUCCGGUCCGCCAGAUUCCAUGCCCUUCACGAAGCCAGAUGAACAAUUGUGGGAGUUCACCGAAGUAACAUCCCUCAGAGGAAGCGCCCCGGUGGGGGACGAGAAGAACAAAAGCGAAACAGAGACUGCCAAUGAAGACGAGUCUCUCGCUGGGACACAGUCGCAGAGUGGUACGGUUUGUCACCGACUGGAAGAAAAUUCGCCAAUUGGAUCACCAAGUGACGCGCAAUUCAUUCUCGAGGAAGCGUCACAAACAGACGGCAUGGGCGUUCGAACUGCUAGUGGCCUGGAAGAUCUUCGCAACGAAGGGAUCACGCCCAUUACAUUCACACGACCGGAGACCUUGAGUGGUGGAGCUGCAUCCGAAGUGAUCAAAUCCGCGCUCAAACAAGUCACUAACAAGUUGGAGAGCUUGUCUCUGGAUUCUGCGGAACGGCCGGAUUCUCCAGCAAGUGACAGUUUCCUCCUUCACAAUAAUCGGGAGCCGCAACUGGAUCAUGAAUCACGCGACGACAGCCUUCUGGACGCGACAAGUCACUCGCUACCCCAAGAUUUAUCAAUGGGUACGGUCGAUUUCAAUCGCCGUGUGGCCAGUCGCGCUUUCCACCAGAGAUUCUCCCCUUCCCCCUUCCCCUCCCACCGCAAGGCGCCAAACGGCCUUGCAAAUACAAAGAUCCGCACUUCUACUAUUUUCGGGCGAUCUCCGACUAAUGUCUCACCUGUACUACCUCGCCCUUCCUCAUCUCACGUUCGACCGUCCACAUCUGGAUCUGGGGAUGCUGAUUCCAAAGACGGAACCAUGCCCUCGUCCGGCAGUCCCCUCAAGCUCUUCGGUGAAUAUGACACUUUCACAAACAACAGAUUGAUGCGACGAAUGAGUCAAUUCGAGGGUGCCUUUGGUGACGGUUCUGAUGGAGAUGAACCCCCUUCGCCUUCAGAAGAAGCCCGGCGCAAAGGUGAGAGUCGGAGUUUCCUGAACUCCCGCCAUGAGCCACUUCCAGAAAUACCAUCAAGACUCAAUGAGCGACUGGCAUCACGGAAUGCAAAUCGUCCCAGGAUAAAUCGAUUCGGAGAUGGCGAGCUCGACAAGUUUGAUUUCUCCGAUGCCAGCCCCUACGAGAAUAAGUUGGUGUAUGAUGAGAUCCAAGGGUUUGGAUCGCGACCUGUUUCGCGGAAGCGAUCCUCGGAUCGACAACAAUACCUGCGAUGGUCGUCUCAAAGACAUGACUCACUUCGUUACGCAAGGUCGGCUAGCUCUGGUUUUACUCGCAAACCAUCGGCCUGGACCCGACAAAGCUACUUUGGUCAUCAACGUACACGUGUCAUGUCGCGGAAGAUCGAGAAGGAAAACAUCGGCGUCUCUGAAACAAAGCGCGUACCUCGAGCGGCUCCAGCAGACCCUCGUCCAAAACGGCGUCGCACGAUUCUGCGAGACGAUAGUGCUGGACCAGAGGCCUCUUUUGCGCAGGAUGACUCUCCGUCCCGACUCGGAGAAAGCUUGUCUCUCCUUCAGCGAAGUUUAAUACAACAUGGAGUUCAACCUGAUAAUGGCGAUUUCCUUGCACCACCCGGUCUAUCACAAUCAAUGCAGCGUCCUCGAACGCCAACGCCAAGUCAGAUUCGGUCUUCCCAUCAAUCGAGAAUCGCACCCAGCGGAGCAUAUUCUGAAGUCAAUUUUGAUGAGCGCGAUUACUCGGACUCAUUUUCGCUUGAAGGAGAAAUUCCCCUCGUGAAGAUCACCGGCACAAGUGACUCGUCACGAAAGGGCUCUAUUACAACCCAGGACUAUCUCAAUGAGGCCACCAAGAUAAUGGACCUCAUUCGAUCAAAAGGCCGACCUACUGUUGGUCUCACGAGCGUGCAGGAGUCGAACCCAGAGAGUGAGGAAGAAGAGGAGGCAAACUCGUUGUAUGACGACGAAUCAACCCGAGAGGCAUUCUCCCGCCCUCCGAGCCGGGAAGGAAUCGACUUGCGCAAGCAGCGCGAACCGAAGGAGCUCAACCCGCAAAUCCUGAGCUACUUGAAAAUGUAUCAGGAAAGGGAGGAGAUCGAUUUUGGUGCAACCGGGUCUACAGUGGCUUUGAGCACACAAGGUCGACCGAGAGCGGAUCCGCAGGGGACACGAGGUUCAGGCCUCGAGCCUAGAAAGCGAAAACCAAGCGGAUCGAUCUACGAUAUGGCGGAAGACAUUGCUCAUGAUCUGAUGACCAUCAAUACUCAAAUGUCAGGGUUCAGUGUUCGCUCUGUGCCAACCGGCUCUUCACAGAACUCGACAGCGAAGGGAAUGCUGUCAUCAGAUCUGGUAUCUCAUCUCAUUCCAGAACAGGUGAAUGGAUUUGUCUAUGACAGGUCAAAGCACCAAUGGGUGAAAGACGACCCGCACGCAUCGGAGCGCAAGACCAUCACUCAUGAGGAUUUAGAAGAUCCAUUCAAGGACAUACCGGAUUUGAGUGUAGAUGAGAUCCAAGAGAUGAUGAGAAUCCAAAACUUGGGUUCACGUCGCAGAUCCCAAGAGAGCGAAGACCCGCCCAUGAGCGCGUCCCAACCAGCGGAAGCCACUCGGCCACCCACCGGACUGGAUGAGCAAGAGGCAGUCACGGAUGAGUCUGUACACGCCAGUUCCGUGCCAUCUCGGAGUACACCACUCACAAACAACCCCCCGAACACAGGAUCUCGAAUAACGUCCUGGGGAACGCACAACGCAAUCGAAACAAAACACGGCUCAUAUUUGACGACAGGAAACGAUGCUCCUACCUUUGCCCCCGAGCAAGAACCCAAAAAGUCGCGAGUCGCAACGAUCACCUUCUCGUCGCCAGUGGUAUCACAUGUUGCCUACCAAGACGACUCGCACGGCUCGGAUACUAGCUCCCGAAACACUGAAUCUGGAGCCGAAUCAAGUGUGUCGAAAGAAGAAAAAGCCGGAGCCGCGUACUCCGUGAAGUCACGCGAGCCGUCCUCUCAAAGUCAGCCAUUCAUAAGGCGGCCUAUUUCAAGGAUCGACGAGCGAAAUGAGGAUACAACAAACGAUCUUAGUCUGGUACGGAUGAACAAUGCGCUUAAAUCGCCGACAGAUGCCCAUGUCAAUAGCACAGAACAAUCGCUUGUGCCGCUGACCUCUCCAGGUCAAGAAAACAGCUACAGCUUCCACCUCAGCCCUCUGGCUGACUUUUCAGUCAAUCAACCAGACAGGCCUUUGAACUCAGAGAUAAGCUACGUGGCCCAAAGAGACAAUCCGACCUCUCUUCGACAAGUACACGGGACGUUUGCACUUGCCACGGAGGAUCUGAUAAAGCACAUUACGGAUGCGGAACCAUAUGAACCCUACUGGGAGCAUGUACGUCGACUUGUGCUACGGCAGAAAGGAUUGACUUCCCUGCAGAAAUUGAGUCAGUUCUGUCCACGACUUGAAGAUUUGGAUGUGACCGAGAACAGCAUCGGUCAACUGAGUGGCGUCCCGCCCAGCUUGCGAACUCUGAAGAUUUCAAAGAAUUGUCUUUCCAAUCUGACUGCAUGGAGCCACCUCACCAAUUUACAAUACUUGGACAUCUCUGGAAACGACAUUGAGACAUUGAAUGGAUUUUCCAGUCUGAUUCAUCUAAGGGAACUGAAAGCAAAUGAUAACAAAAUCCGCAACAUUGACGGCGUUCUCGAAUUGAAUGGGUUGUUGAGUCUGAAGCUUAGUAACAACUUGCUGAAAUCUGUGGAUUUUGAAGGAACCGAGCUAACUCGCCUCCGCGACCUUGAUUUGAGCCACAACAGAUUGGAAUCUGUUCAUAAUAUUGAAUGGCUUCCCGCACUCACUAAUCUCGACCUUAGCGCGAAUCGCCUCCUAUCCUUGGACGCGGCGACGGCUCUGAUUAGUCUUCGCGCCCUGAAGCUCUCUGAAAAUCGACUGGAACGCUUUGAUAUGCAAAGCUUCUUCUCUGUGCACCUUCUUUACCUCGACCAGAACAAUCUUUCAAGCGUCGCCGGUCUAGAGCAUUGUCAUAACCUGCAGGUGCUCUCUGUUCGGGAGCAGAGCCCAGCUCCUUCACAAGACGACUCUAUCUUGAAUCUUGAUCUGGGUCUGAUCAAGGACGUCCGGAAAGUAUUUCUUUCAUCCAACAAACUGUCUGAGAUGUGCCUAAGACCGUCCACUCCUCUCUUACGACUGCAACUACUUGAUAUCGCCGCGUGUGCAGUGAAAGCGCUUCCUGCCGAAUUUUCAGCGACCUUUCCGAACUUGAAGGUGUUGAACUUAAAUUUCAACUCCCUUGCUGAUCUUGAGCCUUUGGUGGGCAUGAAAUGCCUUUCGAGGUUAACUGUUGCGGGCAAUCGACUCAACAGAAUGAGACGUGUCUGCCAGAUUUUGAGUCGGCUUGGAAGGACGAGCAAAAGCACUCCAUGCUCCCUGCGCAAACUUGAUAUCAGGGGCAACCCCCUCACGGUCGGAUUUUACCCGCCUACGGUGACUGGCAACGGGUCCAAAGCAGAUCGCAAAAAGAACAAAGAUCCAGCCAGUGUGGCUGUCUCCGCGACUGCAGGUCAUCGUGAACUGACUGAUGCUCUGGCCGAUUUGGAUGGAGAAGGCCCUGUUGAUAAUAUCGUCACUUGGGACGAUUCGUCCCAGAGCGGUGAGGAUAUGGACGUGAACGAUCCCUUCACCUUGCCGGCUGCAGACCCACAGGCGGAUGAAAAGUAUCUGCUUCGUCUGGAUCGCGCUACUCGCAUGCGCCGCAAAGUUCUGGAGUUGCUUUUGUACGCGGGAACAAAUGGGUCCUUGUGCAGUCUCGAUGGCUUGGACAUGAAAGGUUUGCUUGUCGAAAACGCUGAUAUGAGUCAAGCAUGGUCCAAAUUGGAGGAACUGGGUGUCCUCCGCCGGAAGGCGAUCACUGGAGGGAAGGGGUCGAAGAGCUAA